GGACCUCGAGGCUCGUGACUGGGAGGCAGGCAACCUUCUCACCCAAACCUCUCCAUCGCUCGACAGCCACGAUAAAAAAAAAAAAAAAAACACAAAAAGAUGAACUCCGCCGCAAUAAUAACGAAGCGGCCUCUGGGCUGUCUGAAAAACAGCCUCCGAUAUGCCAGCCAGCAGAGGCCAAUCCGCCGAUUAAUGGCAACCCAGGUCGUCGCCGAUGCCGCCGCUACCACUACCACUACAACUCCUUCAGAACCCCCGAAAUACUCGAGGGUCAGACUCUCACCACAUACAAUCUACGGUGUCCCUAAAAGCCGGAGGAGCACAAAGUUCCGCACCGGUUUCGCCGUAUACACGCCGCAGGUGAAGCGGCCGUCGACCACCGACCCGCUCGCGGCAUUCCACCAGAAGCAGAUCAAGGACAUGGACCCGCGGGGCGCACGGACGCGGCUCUUUGACCGUGCCAACCGAGAGGGCGUCAAGGUCGGCGACGUGCUGAUGGUGACGACGCGCCGGUCCGUCGAGCCCUUCUCGGGUGUGUGCCUGUCGAUCCGCCGCGCCGGCAUCGACACAGCCAUUCUGCUGCGUACCGCCCUGACCAAGAUCGGCGUCGAGAUGUGGUUCAAGAUCUACAGCCGCAACGUCGUCGGCAUCGACAUCGUUCAGCGCCGCCCCAAGCGCGCCCGCCGCGCCCGCCUCACCUACAUGCGCCAGCCCAAGCACGACCGUGGCAACGUCGACGCCGCCGUUACCGCCUGGCGCAAGUCGCGUAACAUCCUGGGCUCCCGCAACAAGAGUGCCGAGAAGCCCGGGGCCAAGGGCAAGGCAGGGGCAAACGGUGGCAAGAGGAAGUAAACGGUGCCGCUGGGGUGGAUGGGGCGAAUGCUUGUUUGAGCUUGGGAUCGGGGCCUCUAGCACGUAGAUGCAAGGCGAGCUUGCCUGCUGGUCGUGUAUUAACCUUGCCCGGUCUGGAAAGCACCUCAAUGCAUUCGUGUAUUGCAUGCAUAUAUGAGGGCAUCCAGUGCCAGGCACAUCGGAUGAGGGACAUGUACUAUCUGAAAACAUAGACAUACUGUAACAAAACACGAUUUGAAAUCCUUGUAAUGACGGUUUUGACCUGAACCAUUAUCAUAUGGCUUACACUGUGCACAUCAGUUCGCUUCAGG